UAACCUCACUGUCAUGGCAGCCUCCAGAAGCACACCCGAAUAAUAUAUUGAUGAAGGCAGUCCGUGCUGAAUUGAUAACUCUUUAUGCAGUUGCUUUAAAUCACCAUGAAUAUCUGCACAUCUGGAAACCAGCUCCUAAGAAAUUUUAGGCUGUGCCUAAAUAACUCCCAUUUACAAAGUUCUUCUUUCUGGGGAUUGAAGAACUGCAAGGCACCAAUAAAUCCCUCCACAUUUAAGAAUGUGCACCAGAACCUGGGCUCAACAAGUUACCUAUUUAAUCGUUGCGCAACACGGCUGGGAGCAACAGCAAGGUUCUACUCACUGGAUAAAGAGCAGGGGCAGGAUUUAAAGUCUACAUCAGGAGAGCAGACUUCAUCAACUACUGAUAACCCCGUUUUAAAUGAGACUCAGUCCACACCUCCUUUAUCAUACAAACAACAACAGAAAGAAGCUGGAAGAUACCUUGAUCCACUGGCUCAGGAUGCUGAACCGUAUUCAGAGAGGGAGAGUCAGCGGGAACAGUUUUAUGACCACCUUAAAAACUGCAACUCCCCCUAUGAUGUUUUGGACUUGGCUGGGAAUUACACCCUGACUUGGAGGCGGGUGAGUAACUCCUUAACCAAAAUUUGGGAGACCACCAAGAAGAUGUCAGAUGACCAGAAGCGCUAUGAAAGAAAGCUGAUGUUUGAGCACCCGGUCUUUGAGCAGCUGUGCCAGCAAGCUAUGAAGGAUGCGGGGAGGAUGAGAAGGGAUGAUCUGGCGUACAGCUUACUGGCCCUGGUGAAGCUGGGGGUUUCUCAGCGCAGCCGUGUCGUGCAGACGUUACUCAGAGUCAUUCAGGAACACAUAAAUGAUUUUGACGAGAAGGCUCUCUCUGUACUAGCUAACUGCCUCAGUGACAUGGACAGUGAUAAAAAUGCUGAUGCACUAAAAGCUGGUCUAAGGCUGCUGGUUGAAACUCGGAUCCCAAAGAUAAAAAAUGUUGUUGCCCUGCAGACCAUGAUGAGGUGCAUUGGGAAGGAUGCUCCUGUAUCUCUUAAGAGGAAGCUUGAGGCCAAAGCAUUGUCAAUGCUGAGUCAGUUUUCCCUACCCAAUUCCCAGUAUAUGUUUACAACACUGGCAGCUAUGGACUUUAAUUCGAGCACUCUCCUGGAUGCCUGUAGUAGCAAGAUUAUUGAAAAUAUCCAUGGAAUCCCCUUUUGGAGGUUAAUAUAUGUCCUCCAGUCCUCCAAGGACUUGCAGUACCGGAACGCUGCACUGUUCUCUGCCAUUGCUGAAUACGUGAUGUCGACACUCGAUAUGUGGAGCAACAAACAGAUAGUCCUCUUUCUGGGUCUGUUUGGUGAUCUGGGUCUUCGCCAUGCUGGUUUGAUGGACGCAUUUGCGGAGAAGGUGACAGAGACCUCCGAAUCACUGACGCUGAGAGAUGUUAUUAAUAUUUUGAAAUCUUACUCCCUGCUUAACCAUCUCCCAAAGAAUCAGAAGAAACAGUUCCUAGAAUCAUUAAGUAGUGUUUUUGAAUCAUAUCUGCCAAAGAUUCUCCCUACAGAGCUCCUGAGAGGAGUCUAUUACUUCUGUGUUUUGGGAUGCUUCCCACAAUCCUCUCUAGACAAACUCCUUCAGGAAGACAUACUCAAAGAGCUUCUUUUACCAGAUCAGAGGACCCACGGAGCCAAUGAACGAAUACUGCACUACAUUAAUCUCUGCCUAGAGCUGGACUGUUCUGCUUCCACCACAGUUGCUACAAUCACUUCUGCCAAACCCUCCCACUCUCCAAGUUUGACUGUAAACCCCAUAGUACUCGGUGCUUUGAAGCGUAGUCUGGGAGAUGAGGUUUGCCAGCAGGGGGUACUGUUGCAAAAUGAUUACUUUAUAGAUUUCCAAAUCACAUUGGACAAAGACAGAAAAUUUGUCUUGCAGUCCCAGAGUGAGGAAAAUAGCCAAACGGAAUAUUUACAAAGAGUGGCUGUCCUUUGUGCCCCAGUUUCUGCGUUCUGUCUUGGUACCACCCACCCCAAAGGAAAGCUGUCUAUGAAGAUGCGGCAUCUUACAGCUCUUGGGUAUUCCAUUGUUUUGGUCCCAGCGCAAGAGUUUGAGAAGCUUCAAGAAGAUGAGCAAGUCCAGUUUCUGAAAACCAGAAUCUUUGCAGAACCAGAACCUGCGUUGGCGGCUAUCAAUCAGGAAACUUGAACGAGAAACUGACUGUUUGAUGUUGUUGGGAAAACCUGUGCAUUGGUGCAGAUCAGACAGAAAUAUGCAGAUCGAUAUGCAGGUUCACAAAUACUGGUCAGCAGUCUGUUUGAGGUUUAAAGGUUACGGUAACUAGGAGUCCAAUGGAAUAGAAAAAAAUAAGUCUGCUUUGACCUGAUUCACAUACUCUUUACAGGACUGCUUGACAGCCAUUUGGUUUUCCAAAACUUGCUGACAUCCUGUUUGAAAAAAAACAAAAAAGUUUUUGCUGUUCUGCUUUGAGUAAUUUUCCCCUAUUCACUGUAUAAUCAAAAAUGAAAACAGAUUUGCUGAUUUCCUGAUUGUUUAAAUUGUUGAACAUCUACACCUAAAUCAGUCAGUUGAGUAUUAUAAUGGACAUACCAGUCCUGCGUUUUGGUAUCUGCUGACAUUUUUUUAAUUGUUAUAUAUAUACUGUUUUUAUACUGUAAAAAAAAUAAGCUGCUAUUAAAAAGUUAAAAACAAAUAUAUAGUCUUCAUUUUAGUUAUCAAAUGUCUUCUAUCAUAUACAGUACAGGAGAGUCGUUAACCAGACUGUCAAUUAAUUGAGCCAAUCCAUGUAUUGUUUUGUAUUGGAUGUUAAUUUUGGUUAUCCAGGCUCCAAAGGUUCAUAACUGUCUGCACUGUGCUUUUAGAGAAAGCAUUGUAAUGCAACCUUGCUGCUUUCAGGGUGUGGGUAUAUAAUCGUAAAAAUCAGCUAACAAGACUAAAGUUUUGCUUUCCUGGCAAGCUGUUUCCCAUCAAUGAGUUGAUUAAAGACCCUGGGAGCACACUAAAAAGAAUGUGGUUUUGUGCCUUGCCUGUGUUGGCUUUCUAGAUGUUGUUGGGAAUGUUAUUAUUACAUCUCAGCAGCAUGGAAAUGUAAAUUAAAUUAUGGCGAAAUUAUGGCGACCCAUUAUAUUUGUUUUGCUGUGCAAUCGAUAUUAAUAUAAUGGUUUCCUCUCGUAAUGCCAAGCAUCACAUUUUAUACUGUUGAAACCACAAAAGAAUGUGACGUUAUUGCACCAGUGAUUCAAAUGACUACAGGAAAAUGUGUAAUAGUGAUUAUUUCAUGAGCUCUUUUGUCUUUCGCUCGAGAAAAUUACUCAUGUUUCACAUAUUUUUUUUAAUAUUUAAUUAUUUUCAUUCCAAGAAAACAGUGUUGAACUUUAACUUUUAACGUCACAUAAACUCAUGAAGGAAGCCUAAUAUGAGUCUUUAUAUCCAGUUGCAGUAAAGGUUAUAGCUUACAUUUUUUAAGUGUUUUAGGUAUUACGAAGGUAUUCAGUAAAGUAUAUUGUGUGAGUGAGAGAAAGGAGCACCCUACUGAUGCAAAAGGAUAAUCAAAAAAAUAAAAAAUAAAUAGAAUAGUUUAUACUUUUCAGAAAGAUUUAUAAAAUAAAGCUUUUGCCAAGAAACACUACUGUUGUAAUCAGCUAAAUUAUCACCCUCAAAUCAUGUAUGUAGUUAUGUUAUCAGAAUUAUUCACUGUAUGGCAUACAUCGUGGUUAUCAGAAUCCAUAUCCACGUAGAAUAUCUUCUGUUCUCAGUAAACCAGAUUUUAUGAUAUUUAAACAUGUUUGUGUGAACUGUAAGGCACAAUUCAUAGAGGUGCUUAAUGAAAAUAAUCUUUAUUACUCUGUUUACUGGGACCCAUCUCGAUCCAGCUCUAAUCACACGUGGCUUUGUCUUUGGGGAGAUUUGGGGACUUGUAAGGUGUUCCUUAUUUAAUUUACCCUAUGCAGUAAAACUUUUUUUUCAGGGGAAUAGAAAGAAAACAGCUCAAAGUACUAAAUCAUAUAUAUUUAAAGAAUCCUUGAGAGAGAGUAGCCUUUAUGUUUUAGUAGAUCCCACAAUGGUUUAAUCUGAUGAACAAUUUCUCUUAAUCAUUAAUCAUGAACAAUUUCUCAGUGCCACUUUGUAUUUUCAGUAUUAUGGCACUGUAUGUUCUCGUGUAAAAUCUCAGGGCAGCAGCUUUUUAUCAAGUUUCAUUACAGGUGUAGUCCAGUAAAGAUUACUGUUUCACUACCAUGUUGUUUUAACGUCUGGCCAUACCACUGAUUCAGAUCUUUUAAACAUAUCCACUGUACUUCAUGUUUAUAAUCCAUUUGAUCAGAGACCCUAUUCCCUUUUACAUUAUUGCUUCACUUAAAACAUUUCAGUUUUUUUCCUUUUUUUUUUUUCUAAUUAUCUUCAACUGCAGGCAGUAGAGGCAUCAUUGAAUCAUCGUACAGACAUCUACAGUAGGAAAAUAAUCAGUAACGUGACGGUAAUAUGAUCUUAACAUACUACUAACAGUUACUUAAGGUCAACGGUGUACAGUAUGUAUAAACAGAGCAUGUCUAAUUCCAAAUUCAAUGUCAACUUAAUUGUGCCUUACAAUAAAGACAUUUGCCUUUUUUAAAGGUGUCAUUUAGUGAUUUCAAGUCACCACAGACAUGCCUACUACUUUUACUGUUGUAAAUGUUCUCAUACGUUUUGCAGUUUAUCAUGCUUUUAACCAUGUUUAUGUCUUGCAAUUACCACGCUUUGUAAUGGUUCUUCCAAUGCUUUACCUUGUGUGCCUCUGCUUUAGCAUGCUUUUCUUAUGAUUUUACUGUGGCAGUACAGAAUGCAUUUAUAAAGGAUACUAUGGUCCUUGAAAAUAUCUGGUUUAGAUACUGUACCCAUAUAGAUAUGUAUGGCUUGUAUUUUUGGUUAUUUUACAUUUGUCAAAUAAAUAGCUAUGACUGGGGAAACUCGCAACGGAAACAAAAACUGGUCAAAUAUAUAUUUAUUGCUCUGUGUUUAUUUUUGUGAAAGGCAAAUUUGUUAUAAAUUACAUUGCAA